UGAGACCCACCAGACAGCCAAAUCAAGAUGUAAAGAUAAGAGCAAUCAUGAAGCUCACAAAAACACAAAGCUUCAAACAGUAAGCUCCAAUGGCGACAGUUGAGUACGCAGAGAUAGCUGUAGCAUUUUUGUGCUUUCUUUUUCUUUGGCAUUGGAUAUGGAACAGAGACUCACCCAUCAUAAACUGGCCUCUCGUCGGAAUGCUUCCGGGGCUUCUUCGAAAUGCAUCCAAUGUCCACGAUUUCAUAACCCAAAUUCUAAAACAUUAUGGAGCCACUUUCGAGUUCAAGGGCCCUUGGUUCACCAACAUGAACUUUGUUGUCACCGGCGAUCCCGUCAACAUCCACCACAUCAUGAGCAGAAACUUUUCCAACUACACCAAAGGCCCCGAGUUCCGCCAGAUUUUUGAACCUCUGGGAGAUGGGAUUUUCAAUUCCGAUUCCGACUCGUGGAGGCACCAGAGGAAGCUGAUUCAAUCCCUGAUAAAAAACAACAAGUUCGAGCUGUUCUUGAAGCAAGUUGUGCAGGAAAAGGUGGGAAAGGGGCUCAUCCCUGUUCUCGACGGGGCCUCCAGGCAAGGGAUCGAGGUGGAUUUGCAAGACGUUUUUCAGCGAUUCACAUUCGAUAACAUCUGCUUGAUGGUUCUGGGUUUUGACACAAAUUGCCUGUCGAUUGAAUUCCCCAAAGUUGCGUAUGAGAAGGCGUUUGAUCAAAUAGAGGAGAGCGUCUUUUUCCGACACAUCGUGCCGGAAAGCAUUUGGAAGUUGCAGCGAUGGCUUCAGGUCGGAGAAGAGAAGAAGCUCAUCAAGGCCUGGAAAGUUCUUGAUCAAUUUGUGUACAAAUGCAUCUCAUCCAAGCGUGAACAACUGAGCCAAAACAGAGCCCAGAAAUCGGAGGAAUUGGCAAACGUGGAUUUACUCACAGCCUAUAUACAGCUAGAAGGAGGAGAAACCGAUGGUUUCACAAAAUAUUCCAACAAGUUCAUAAGGGAUGCGGCAUUUAAUCUCAUGCUGGCAGGUAGGGAUACCGUAAGUGCAGGCCUUACUUGGUUACUAUGGUUAGUUGCAACGCAUCCAUCAGUGGAAGCUAAGAUUAUAGAAGAGAUUAGAGAGCAUUUGGUGGUUAACAACGAGCUCAAGUGGGAUACAACAGGUGCGGUACUAAACAAGCUAGUUUAUCUUCACGGAGCCAUAUGUGAGUCCUUGCGGCUUUUCCCAUCUGUACCUUUCGAGCACAAGUAUGCAGUUGAAUCUGAUGUUCUUCCCAGCGGCCACCAUAUUAGCCAAGGUACGAGGUUAUUGUACUCGCUAUACACAAUGGGAAGGAUGGAAAGCAUAUGGGGUGGAGAUUGCUUAGAGUUCAAGCCAGAGAGAUGGAUAUCGGAGAAAGGAGGGAUUGUACAUGUCCCAUCUUACAAGUUCAUAGCAUUUAAUGCUGGCCCAAGGACUUGUUUGGGUAAAGACAUGAGUUUCAUUCAAAUGAAAAUAGUUGCAAGCAGCAUCAUCUGGAAUUAUGGUGUUCAAGUGGUUGAAGGCCAUCCCGUUUCUCCAAGCAUCUCCAUUAUACUCCAUAUGAAGCAUGGUUUGAAGGUUAGGAUUACCAAAAGAGAUGCUCGUUGAAGAUCCAAGAUUGUUUAAGAUAAAGAUGCAUGCCAGCUAGGCAGCUAGCUAAUUAAUUUGUAAUCCAAUUAUUGGAACAAAAUAAUUGUUAAGAUCAUAAAUAAAUAAAUGUGUGGUGUACAUUAAUUGUUACUAGACA